AACCUAGUCAGCACCAUUGAGGAGUUUUCCAAAGAUUGCGAAGGUUACUUCAGCGGUCUGCUCCACGUUAGUGAUAUUGAGCGUCUCAAUACCGACGAAGUGAGAAAAUGCGAGCUCGAAAAGGAUCACGACCUCCUGGCAACACGAAACGAGUUCAGUCCUGGCGACGAUGGCGCCUGCCGGGUUUAUGUGGAUAAUAAGGAGUUUGAGUGGUUUGAUCUUUCCGACGGGAACCGGGAGCGUCCUUCGUCAGAGGAUGCCGAGGCGUUCGCCAAUUAA